AGUCCCAACAUUAUCCAUGCGAUCGUCAGAAUACAUUCCAUUCACUCCCAUACCUCACCCACUCUCGGUUCUCUCCCUAAUUCUCUGCCUUUCCAUUUCAAAUAAACAAGCACGCAGAACAGAGUCAAAUUGCGCGCCAAAACAGCACAAACAACACAGGAUCAGCGCCAAGAAGAAGAAGAAAACGAAGUAGGGGGAAAAAAGCUGUAGAAGGAAAAGGAGGAGGAGGAGCCAUCCCAGUCCGCCAGUGUCGUCAUCUUCUAAUCGGCUUCAUCUGCUUCAACGAAAAUUCUCUUUCCACAAUCUAUCUUCAAAGUACUGAAACUUAGCUCAGGCCACUGGAAUUGGAGAGAAGAAGGAGGAGGGGGCACUGUGCUUUGAAGAAGCAAGGAAUAGCAGAGAAAGCUUUACAAAAAACCAAAGAGUCAUAAUGGCUCUUGCAGCAAGCUUCACUUUGGCCUUUCCUUCUAUAUCUCUAUCUUCAAGGACAAGAAUUUCUUCAUCUGGAUCUUGUUAUCCUCUCAGAUGUUCGAUCCAAAACUCUUCCCUCUCAGUUUCAGUGCCUGACACCACCAUCUCCAAGUGCAACGAAACCUUGUCAGCAAUUCAAAAUUCCGGUAUAAUUGCUUGUCUUCGCGCUGAAAGUGCAGAAUUGGCAUUCGAAGCUGCUCGUGCUGCAUUAAAUGGUGGAAUUACUGUGCUGGAGAUUGUAAUGUCCAAUCCAGGCGUCUUUGAGGUCUUACAGCAAUUAGUGCACGAGUAUCCAACAAAAAUAAUAGGGGUUGGGACUGUUUUAAAUCUUGAAGAUGCCAAACAUGCUAUUAGCCAUGGAGCUAAGUUUCUUCUUAGUCCUGCAAUGGUAAUGGUAUGGACAGAACAGAAAGGUAUUUUGGAUGAUGUUUCAUGCAGCAAAGCUCUAUAUAUACCUGGAGCCAUGACUCCAACAGAGAUAUUGUCCGCAUUCAGUUCUGGAGCCAAAAUGAUCAAGGUGUAUCCAGUGUCUGCAUUGGGUGGUAUCCAAUACAUAGCAGCUCUGAAAAAGCCCUUCCCUCAUAUCCCUUUGAUUGCCUCUCAGGGCAUAACAGUAGAUUUAGUUGGGGAGUAUAUUGCUCAUGGAGCAACAUCGGUUGUUUUGUCUGAUGCUAUAUUCAGUAAGAAGGCAAUGGGUGAAAGGAAUUUUGAGACCAUUUAUCAGCUUUCACGUUCUGCAGCUUCCCAGGCGAUUGAAGCUGUAGAAAGAUGUUACCGGGAGCUAUAAUUUCCUAUUGCAAACAAAUAUAGAUCACACAAUCUCUUGUACCUAUGAGUACAACAAUUGGAUAUUCGAAGUUGAUGGCAUAUAUAUCUACCAACUGGCUGGGCAAGAUUUGUUGAAUGCCAUUUCCUUGGAGAAGGAAGUGUUAUUAUUUUUAAUUUAUUACAAAAUAAUAAUUAUCAUGUAAUGCUUUUCAAUUCCCAGUUAAUCAAAGAAUAUUGCACCUAUCUAUAAAAUAUUUUAUUUC